AUGGCGACUGAUGAUAUCGAGACGUCUCGAUAUUCAGCUCCAGGGAAUGGCAGCUGGCAACCCCCAAUUACCUUGGCAGCACAGUUAGCACCGCGCCUCCCUUCUCAAGGGAACCAGACACAUAGCCUGAGCAAAGAGACAUUUUCCCUACUUCGUCAAGAACUUACAGGAGGCACACAUAGCCAACUCCAUUUUGAUGACAAGGUUACAGAUAUCAGCAAAUUGAUAUGCAUCGUUUUGAAAGCAGGCUUGGAGCCGUGCACUAAGGAUCCAAAGCCUGAUUCUCAAGGUCAGGUUUUGGAUUGUUUGGAUAUUGUAUUAGUAUCGAUUGAGAAGGCACCUCAAACUCUAACAGAAUAUCCUGAUCCACUUGUUUUGGGGGAAAGCUUUGGCCCUCUUGUCAUUCCACUGCUGGACUUUUACAAGCGUGUACAACGGUUCGUGAUAUGUAUUCGAUCAUGUUGCAACCAGGGCGUAUCCUCACCAUCGGAAGUCGAACUAAUGUACGGCUUGCUGCGAAUCCUGGAGGACAUUUUUGCAAUGGACACACUCUGCCAAUUCUCGACUUUACAGACACUUAGUGGUCUUACCAAGAUGUCUUGCCGUUUCCAGACUCUCGAGACACAUCUUCAGAUUGCGAUCCGUGGGUUUCUCAAUAUUAUCUCCCGUAUAAGUCUAGAGUGCGGUGGGCCAAAAACUGUCUCCCUCGAGCCAUCCGAAGUAUUUGUAUCGAAAUCGGACACCCGUUUUCAGCAACAUGAGCUCUCGAGCUCAGCGGUUCAGGAUGAGAUUCUCCAGGCGUCAAAACGCCGCUGUAUGCCUCGAGCCAGCCCGCACUCAGAGUCUGGAGACACAGUUCAGCAGCUUAUAGCAGUUUCACUUGCAUUGAUAGGUUUCACAUCCCCCGGCGGCUUGGGUGACCUGUAUCCGGCUGUUGUCACACUCGGCAAUAUACCGUGUGCUAUGGCUAGGGAACUAGAACAAUUAAGUGGCAUGGCAUCGAAUGGUACCCUACUUUGCCAUACUCCCACGUACCACAAGCCUCAGAAUCGCCGCAAUGGUCACGCUAAGACGAACACUGCUGCAUACGUCGGAUUCGACUUAUUCGCAGCUAGCCUCUUCUGUGUUCGGCGAGUUCUGCUUCCAUUCCCUUCGAAGCUCCAUCAGAGAGCUGCGGAUUGUCACUGGGUACGUUUUGUCGCAUGGACUAACAUCCAUGUAUUGCUAAGACUUUCCAAUGAUGAAGAGCUGAACAUUAUUCUUCUUCGCCUAGUUGAAUACCUAGGCCAUCCGAAUCCUUUCGUUUGUGCGGUAGCGUAUACUGAAAUUUCAAAACUUGCACAACGUCUUUCAGUCACUGCCGCAGGCUUGUUCAGGCCUUUUUGGAGGACUCUCUCCGUGACAAUAAUGAAAAACUUCCAAUCACGUCCUUACAUGGCAGAACACCUUUGUGAUCUGCUGGGAAUGAAAGUGGACGAUUUCCUCAGGUUGACUGAGCUAUAUGUACUACCACAUCUAGUGCUAACACGGAAGCGAGAUAUUAUUGCUAGGAUAGGGGCGACUUAUAAGGAUGCUAAAACCCCCUUCGAUAUCUGUUCAGAGAAAAAUAACCUUGCAGCAAUCCUGGCAUUCUUGUUAAGUCAAGCGUCGCCAAAUCCACAGGAUAUGGCAAUGUCUGCUUUGUCAGAAAUAGAUACUGCCUUUGAAGGUCGUACCUUGGCGGAGCUUGUACGGAUCGAACCGAUUCUGAUUGCAUGUCAUUUAUUCAAGGGUCUUGGGGAUUCAGGGGAUGAGAAAAGAGCAAGGUUCUAUCGUGCGCUUCAACUCCUAGCAGCCCUCGUCCCACGGAAGUCAGGGCAUGCAUCAAGGAGAACGAACCUGGUAGGCUACUUCAUUGAGGAGCAUAUUCUUGGUAUAAUUACCGAAUUUGCCCAUGCUAUCAACGAUUUCCAAAUCAGACAACCCUUGGUUGAAAAAAGAAGAAACAUCAUAGCUAUUGGAGAGAUGGUCAAGGUCGCGAAAGGACAUAUCUGUGCCUGCCUGCGGUCCGCCCUCGAAAUCGAGGAGUUGUGCAACGAUGCCUUCACAGUAUGGGCAGUACUAGUCAACUCCUUGCAUGACGAAGACAUUGAACCACUUCUUGACCAGACGUUAUCAAUUGUGAUCAGAUAUUGGGACAUGUUUACAGAGGAUACGAGAAAAUGUGCCUAUGAACUUGUCGAGAACAUUCUGAGAAAUCACAGUAAACUAGUGCAUGAUGUUUACAACACCAUGCCAUCGCUCGCUUCCAUUCCAGAGAUGUCCAAAUUUGAAUCCGAACUUAUGGAUUUGAAGGGAAGAAUGGACGUUCGAAGUCAGUUCUUGGCAUUUGUCCGACGUUGUCAAAGUGAGAACGCUACUGUCGUCGAACAAGCUCUAACGGAGCUAGUGCCGUACCUCUUAGAGCACGAUGAAUUCUGUGGUCUUGAUUCAGCUGUUACUCAGCGCUCUCGCGAUGUUCAGGCAGAUAAGAAGUAUGAACGUUGGUCAGAGCUUCCUGAGACGGUUCGCAACACUUUGACCCCCUUUCUCACGUCCAAGUAUACGGUCACCGUCGGCGCUGUUAACUCAAGCUGCACUUACCCAUUAUUCUCAGUCACUCUAACGCAUGUUGGAGGCACUCAGAAAGAAAAGGAAGAUUUGCUUUACGAACUGACAAGCGUUCUAUCUCACCCACUUCCAGACUCCACUAACCAUAUAUACGAAGCUAUUCUAUUGUGCAGUCAGAGCAUCUUCGAAAUCCUUGACUACCUUUCGAGAUGGCUACAAGGGAAGAAAAAGCAGCUCAACAGUCUUACGAGCCAUAACUAUCACUCAAGCCGCUCCCACAGGGAGGCUUGCCCGGAUUCACGUUUGGAUGCAGAUGCAUCCCAAGUUAAGGCUGUUGAAGCCCUGCUAGCUUCUAUACCUCCCGAGGUCAUUUCUAAAAGGGCUGUUGAGUGUAGAUCAUUCUCAAGAGCACUUUUUCACUGGGAACAAUAUAUUCGUCAGUCUAGGAACAAACAGACAGACUCUAAGGAUAUCGAACCGCUUUUCCAGCGUCUUCAAGAUAUAUAUAGUCAAAUCGAUGAGCCAGACGGCAUUGAGGGCAUAUCAAAUUACCUUCAUGCACUAAACAUUGACCAACAAGUGCUUGAACAUCGCAAGGCAGGAAGAUGGGCUACUGCACAAAGUUGGUAUGAGCUACAACUCGAGAAGGAGCCUAACAAUGUCGAUGCCCAGUGGAACCUUCUUACAUGUCUUAAAGAAUCAGGACAACAAGAUGCCAUUCUUACACGAUUUGAGAUCCUCCGAACGACUGACCCGGGCUCUAGGUUUGUCCCUUUUGCAAUCGAGGCAUCCUGGAUCACAGGAAAAUGGGAGAAGUUGCGCAGUUAUCUUCAGCUUUGCUCACAACAAGGAACAGGGGAUUUUAACAUCGGGGUCGGCUUGGCGCUUGAUGCCAUUCGUCAGGGAAGUAAUGAUAGAUUUGGGGAUAUUAUCUGUGGCCUGCGACUCAGUGUUGCAAAAUCACUCAAUGCCAAUUCUGUGGCAUCAUUGCAGUCAUGUCAUGACAGUAUCCUUAGGCUGCACGCCUUAGCAGAGAUUGAAUCUAUAGCUGGCUUAGACCUGCGAAGCGAGAAGGAUACGCUUCCCAAAAUCCGCGCUUCUCUGAGCCGCCGUUUAGACAUUCUAGGAGGGCAUAUAUCUGACAAGCAAUACCUUCUUGGUCUAAGGAGAGCUAUUAUGGAAUUAACACUUCUGUGGAAGGAUGGUCACCAUCGUAAAGCAAUACAAACAUUGGAGUGCGCAAUAGCUGCCAAUGAGUUUGCCCCAGAGAAUACGUCUGAUGGCUCUGACUCUGUCUAUCUGACCUCGAAUCGUGAAAAACACCAAAACCUACUUGCCGCCAGGGUAAUAUCUCAAUCUCUUUUACAUUGCUCAUCUUUUGUUAGCGAAAUGGACAGACAGAGCCGGGCAGACACAGUCGGAUGUCAUAGUACAGAGACAAUCUUUCCUAAGGCCGCCCCCGUACUAACUACUAUCAGGUGGGAAAAGGCCCAUUAUUACCUAGGAAAGCACUACAACAAGAUCUUAGAUUCGGAGAAAACCAAGCCACUAGGGAAAGAAGCACAAAUAUAUUUGAGCGGUGAGGCUUCUAAACUUGUGAUUGACAAUUAUCUCCGAUCGCUAGCACACGGGAACAAAUACGUUUUUCAGUCAUUGCCCAAGGUUCUCACCCUGUGGCUGGAGCAUGCGUCUACUGUGGAUCAGCCUUUUGAUCCGAAGAGGGGUAAUAAUGAAGACUUUCAAACACACACCCUGAAGCAAAGGAGAAAGAGUCUGGAUGAUAUGCAUUCACAAUUAAAGAAAUACGUCAACCGGAUGCCGGCUGCACUGGCACUAACAAGGUACAAGGAAGUAAACAAGAAGUUAAAGACAGAAACACCGUCAGAUAUGCGCGCGAUGAUAAAUCAGGGGCAAAGGUUCUCUGAAGAAAUGCUAAAGUUAUGCGUAGCGCGCGUCGAGAAAGCCUCUAGAAUCAACCUAGCUCGGGCUCUAGGGUUCAAUCACAAAGUUGCCCCUUGUCGACUUGUUGUGCCAUUUCAAGCAAUGCUGACUCCGACUCUACCGACAAGCCAUGAUGCAGAGUACCUUAAGGGGUUUAGGGCUUUCCCUAGAGACCCAACCACUAUUGAAGCUGUUCUUGACGAUGCUCAAGUCCUGAACUCGCUCCAGAAACCACGGAAGAUCAGCGUUCGAGGGUCGGAUGGAAGGAUUUACAAUAUCCUCUGCAAGCCCAAAGAUGAUCUCCGCAAAGACCAGCGCCUCAUGGAGUUUAACAACAUGAUCAAUAGAUUCCUUAAACGGGAUGUUGAAUCAAGCAAACGACGCAUGUAUAUCCAAACAUAUGCGGUUACACCUUUGAAUGAGGAAUGUGGACUGAUUGAAUGGGUUGAUAAUCUUCGAACGUUGAGGGAUAUUGUUAUCAAGCUGCUGAGGGAACGGGGCAUCGCGCCAAAUUACUCAGAAAUCGGACAAUAUCUCGAUGAAGCAUGUUCCGAAGUCUCGAAAUUGCCUUUGUUUACUACCAAGAUUCUACCAAAGUUUCCCCCAGUCCUACAUGAGUGGUUUGUCGAGAUGUUUCCAGAGUCUGGAACAUGGCUUGCAGCGAGGCUUCGCUAUACUCGGUCCUGUGCAGUCAUGUCAAUGGUUGGAUACGUUCUAGGGCUCGGAGAUCGACAUGGCGAAAAUAUUCUAUUCGAGGAGGGCACUGGCGGUAUUUUGCAUGUUGAUUUCAACUGCCUUUUUGACAAGGGCUUGACUUUCGAUAAACCCGAACUAGUUCCGUUUCGUCUCACUCAAAAUAUGGUGGACGCAUUUGGAGCUUAUGGGUAUGACGGACCGUUCCGGAAGACGUGCGAAAUAACCCUUGGUUUGCUCCGGCAAAAUGAGGAUGCGCUGAUGACUGUACUCGAGACAUUUCUGCAUGACCCAACGACAGACUUCAUUGGGAAGAAACGACGCACCCAUGUUAGUGUUCCAGAGACACCUGCAGGUGUCCUUGAAAAUGUUCGUAACAAACUCCGUGGUCUUCUACCUGGGGAAUCCGUUCCAUUGUCGGUGGAUGGCCAUGUAGACGAAUUAAUUGUGCAAGCAACCGAUAAAAAGAAUCUCGCCGCGAUGUACAUUGGUUGGUGCGCAUUCUUCUAG